AGUUCUUUUCAUAAGUUUUUCUAGUUUAUUUGAAUAAUUAUUUACAAUGAAUCAAUUUGGAGUAAUAGCUCGAAACUUUUCGAGUUCCUCAGCUGUUCAAAGUGCAAUUAAACAUGUAACUGUGAUCGGGGGAGGUUUGAUGGGCUCCGGCAUCGCUCAGGUGGCAGCUCAGGCAGGUCAAAAUGUGACCCUAGUGGAUGUCAGCUCCGAUGUCCUGGCCAAGUCCCAGAAGUCCAUUGGCAACAACCUCGGCAGAGUCGCCAAGAAGAUGUACAAAGACAACCCCAAGGAAGGAGAGAAGUUUGUUGCGGAAGCACUCGGCCGCAUCAAGACGGCCACUGACCCCGUGGAGGCGGCCAAGGCCACUGACCUGAUUGUGGAGGCCAUUGUGGAGAACCUGCAAGUCAAACACAAGCUGUUCAGCCAGCUUGAUGCUGCGGCACCAGCUCACACUAUUUUUGCAUCCAACACUUCAUCACUUUCUAUCAAUGAAAUAGCAUCAGCAGUGAAGAGGAAAGACAAAUUCGGCGGCCUCCACUUCUUCAACCCAGUACCCGUCAUGAAACUCCUCGAGGUCAUCCGCGGGGCGGACACCUCUGACAUGACGUACCAGACCAUGAUGCAGUGGGGCAAGGAGGUGGGCAAGACCUGCAUCACGUGUAAGGACACGCCCGGGUUCGUGGUCAACCGCCUGCUGGUGCCGUAUGUAGCUGAGGCCAUCAGGCUGUAUGAGAGAGGCGACGCAUCAGCACGCGACAUCGACAUAGCCAUGAAGCUGGGCGCCGGCUACCCGAUGGGCCCGCUCGAGCUCGCCGACUACGUGGGGCUCGACACCAACAAGUUCAUCCUCGACGGCUGGCACAAGAAGUACCCGCAGGAACAGCUGUUCAAACCCAUCCCGCUGCUCAACAAACUCGUUUCAGAGGGAAAGUUGGGGAUCAAGAGCGGAGAGGGCAUCUACAAGUAUGACAAGAAAUAAGUUUUAGGGGGAGUAAGGUUAAGAGGAAAGUGAAUUAUGAGAUUUUUUAAAUGAAGUUGUUUUUGGGUAGAAUCAUGUACAGAUAUUAUGUUUUGAAAGAUUUAAUAUGUAUACUGUGUAAUCAAGUUGGUAAAUAUACUCAGUUGUGAAUGUAUUUGAUAAUA